AUGAAACCCAAAUCUUCAGAUUUGGCAGAGGUGAAUUUGCAGCUCUGCCGGAGACACGUGGAGCGCACUAACUGGAACGUGGAGGACGAGGUGGAGAGCGCCGUGAGGCCCCCCAGCGCUCAGGAGGCGUCCCUGAGACUCCAGUGUAACGGUCUGAGUGAAGACUCCAGCUCCGAGACCAGCAGCUACUCCGAGAACAGCAGAACCACCUCGAAAACUGAGAAAACCGGCUCGUCGGUGGGCGGCGUCCCGCAGGUGACGGUGGCCUACCUGAGCCCUCUGGUCCUGAGGAAGGAGCUGGAGAGUCUGCUGGAGAACGAGGGCGAGGCGGUCCUGGCUCAGCCUCAGUUCCUGGAGAACCACUCCAUCAUCUUCUGGAACCUGGUGUGGUACUUCCAGCGCCUCGGCCUGCCCAGUAACCUGCUGCAGCUGGUCAGAGCCUCGCCACUGGUCAGCCAGUUCACACAGCAGGAGAACUCAGCAGUGAGGGUUCGGCUCCUCUGGGACACUCUGACCCCUGACACAGACCAGUGGCCCCCCCUCUACAUCCUCUGGAGGAUCCACAGUGGCAUCCCGAUGAGGAGCUACAGCUGGCGGAGACACAACCACCCGUUCACGCUGUCCUUCCUGGAGGAGGUGCUGCGCUGGGUCGGCAUGAACGAGGUGCACAAAGCCAUCACCCUCUUCCUGGACACGCUGGCCAAACAGCCGGGCUCCCCUGGACGCAGAGAUGACCUGCACCAAAGCCUCGUGGUCCUGCAGCGCCGCGGCUCAGCUGCUGAGCAGAUUGUCUUCAUGUCAACACGGCUUAGUCUUCCACAGCACGCCACAUUUAACCCCUCGUUAACCCCGUCUGCCGCGCCUGCUGCAGGCUCUGAGACCCAGACGAGUAAACACAUCAACAGCAUCUUCAGGAAAACAUGA